AUGUUGCGAAGCGCUCUGGUCGCUUGCCGACUUACGCAGACACGAACGAAGAUUACAAUUCCGGCCGCUGGAGGCGGACGUCGUCGCCGACUCAAACCAAAACUGCCCAAGGACAAUUUUUGGACCGCGUGCAGACUGCAAUGGAGCCGCUUUCACCCUCCGGUCAAUGACAAGUUUCAGCUCCAGCGUGAUGGCAGUGCGUAUGACGAGCUUGUCAUUCACACAAAUUCCAAGGAGUUUGUGAUCGAAGUGCUGUCCUCCAAACAGCAGAUCGAGUUUUCAUCUCCGGUUUCUGGUCUACGAACGUAUCAAUGGAACGCGAUGGCCAAGCGAUGGGAAGACGAGACUGACUCGCACGACAUCGAAGGACUCCUGACACGCGACUUAAUGCGCUUCUGUGCCGGGAUUCCGCUCUUCUAGUCCGCUGGCCAGUGCCACAACUGCUACUGCCCACUGAGGCACAGAAAAUGUUACCACGACGUACUUGGAGUGGCCAAAUAAACUUUCUACUUUACGAGGCCCAC